UGGAGUCAAAGCUCAAAGGGUUUUCUCUUCUCUGUUUCUUCUUCUUCUUCUUUCCCACAAGGUUUCAGUCUUUUCACGGAGUGAACACGAACGCCGACGAGAAUCGCAGAGAAACAGCUCUAUCGUCAGAAAUGGAGGCUCUUUCCAUCAAUGCACAAACUCAGGCUUCUUCUUUGCCCUCCGGAUUAGAGAUAAGUGAGGAGGUUGAAAAAAGAUACAAUGUAGUCAGAAGUGUUGGCGAACAAUGCAUACAUGAUGAUGAGCUGAAGGAUCUUCUGGCUAAGAAGGCUGCUCCAGUUUGCUACGACGGUUUUGAACCAUCAGGGAGGAUGCAUAUCGCUCAGGGACUGAUGAAGAUCUUGAAUGUGAACAAAUUGACUUCUGCUGGUUGCCGAGUGAAAAUUUGGAUUGCAGAUUGGUUUGCAUAUAUGAACAACAAGUUAGGAGGUGACUUGAAGAAAAUCAGGAUUGUCGGAGACUAUUAUAAGGAGAUAUUCCAGGCAGCCGGGAUGAACACUGAGAAUGUAGAGUUUCUAUGGUCAUCCGAUGAAAUAAAUGCUAGGGGGGAUGAGUACUGGCCUCUUGUGAUGGACAUUGCCUGCAGAAAUAGUCUUGCCCAAAUAAAACGGUGUAUGCCUAUUAUGGGUUUGAGUGAAACUGAGGAGCUGAGUGCAUCUCAUAUUCUGUACGUAUGUAUGCAGUGUGCCGAUACUUUCUUCCUCGAGGCUGAUAUUUGCCAGCUUGGGGUGGAUCAGCAAACUGUAAAUUUGCUAGCGAGAGACUAUUGUGAUAACACUAAGAGGGGAAGCAAACCCGUCAUCUUGUCCCACCAUAUGCUUCCUGGUCUUCAACAAGGACAGAAAAAGAUGUCGAAGAGUGAUCCUUCAUCUGCCAUCUUCAUGGAAGAUGAAGAGGCUGAAGUUAAUGUGAAGAUUAAGAAAGCUUAUUGCCCUCCCGACAUUGUGGAAGGUAACCCAUGCCUAGAAUACGUCAAAUACAUCAUCUUACCCUGGUUCAGUGAGUUCACAGUUGAACGAGAUGAGAAGUAUGGCGGUAACAGGACUUUCAAAAGCUUUGAAGACAUUGCCGCUGACUAUGAAAGCGGCCAGUUGCACCCUAAGGAUCUGAAGGACGCUCUGACAAAAGCAUUGAAUAAGAUACUGCAACCUGUUCGUGAUCAUUUCAAAACCAACAGUCGCGCCAAGAAUCUGCUCAAACAGGUCAAGGGAUACAAAGUCACCAGGGUCACCCCGACAGCUCCAUCCACAGAGAAGGAGUCUCUUUCCGUCAACACAUCAAACACAGCAUCUUCCUUAGCCGCUGGAUUACAGAUGAGCGAGGAGGCUGAGAUGAAAUACCAGACUGUGAGGAGUAUUGGUGAGGAAUGCAUACAAGAGGAUGAGCUGAAGAAUCUUCUAGCAAAGAAGCCUGCUCCAAUCUGCUACGAUGGUUUUGAACCAUCAGGAAGGAUGCACAUUGCGCAGGGAGUGAUGAAGGUCACCAAUGUGAACAAAUUGACUUCAGCUGGUUGUCAAGUGAAAAUUUGGAUUGCAGAUUGGUUUGCUCAGUUGAACAACAAGUUGGGAGGUGACUUGGAGAGAAUUAGAGUGGUUGGAGAAUACUUCAAAGAGAUUUGGCAAGCGGGUGGGAUGAACAACGACAAAGUAGCAUUUCUUUGGGCAUCAGACGAAAUUAAUGGUAAGGGGAAUAAGUAUUGGCCUCUUGUGAUGGACAUUGCUCGCAGAAACAACCUCCGUCGAAUCCUGAGAUGUGGGCAGAUUAUGGGACGUAGUGAGACCGAGGUGCUGAGUGCAGCUCAAAUUCUUUACCCGUGUAUGCAGUGUGCAGAUAUUUUCUUACUCGAGGCUGAUAUUUGCCAGCUCGGGAUGGAUCAGCGGAAGGUAAACAUGCUAGCAAGAGAAUACUGUGCUGACAUUAAGAGAAAGAAUAAACCCAUCAUCCUGUCCCACCAUAUGCUUCCUGGUCUCCAACAAGGACAAGAAAAGAUGUCCAAAAGUGAUCCAUCAUCUGCCAUUUUUAUGGAAGAUGAGGAGGCUGAUGUUAAUGAGAAGAUCAACAAAGCUUAUUGCCCUCCAAGAACUGUGGAAGGCAAUCCAUGUCUUGAAUACAUCAAAUAUAUCGUUCUGCCACGAUUCGAUGAGUUCAAAGUUGAAAAUGAAAAGAACGGCGGUAACAAGACCUUCAAAAGCUUUGAAGACAUUGCUUCUGACUACGAGAGCGGCGAGUUGCAUCCUGAGGAUCUGAAGAAGGCCUUGAUGAAAGCGUUGAAUAUAACCCUGCAACCUGUUCGCGAUCAUUUCAAAACCAACGAGCGUGCCAAAAAUCUACUGGAACAGGUCAAGGCUUUUAGAGUCACCAGGUGAAGUUGCAGAAGCAAAGAAGAAGCAUAUUUGUUAUGUUUUCAUCCAUACAAGCUUUCGUAAGGAUUUUUGGGAUUACUACUAAAAAGCUCGCAAAUUUUUAAAAUAUUCACAUUUUUGUUUUUCCUUAAAGAGUCAGAGCCUCUUAGAUUCUGGUUCAGCUACUGCUUAGCAGACAAGAAAAUUCAUUUGGUUGUUGAUGCUUUUUAUAAUUAUUUUCAUAACGAUGAUAAAUUUUAUUGGUUAAUGAUGGA